UAUAGGAAUUGCUAAAAAGCAAACACAUUGAACAUGCCACAUAUAAUAACCACAUAUUUUCUGGAAUGUUAAACUCAAGAGAAAAUGGGCUAAAUGAUGAUCGGUAUAUGGCCUAAACAUUACCAGUGCUAAUAAAUAGCAAGUAGUUGGACCAAGAUGCAAUAUCUCGAAACAUCCCGAAAGUAGCCACAAAAUGAUGACAGACACAGGUUUUGGGCUAUUCCGUAAAUAGGUAAGCCGCAAGGGCUAAAUUGCAAAACUAGCGAAGAGAUAAGGUUCUAUCUCUUUCCUCCCGAGCGAUUUCCACCAGGAGAAAUCCUGUAACCGCCUCAUCGCCGUUUUGGCUCGACGGCCAGGGACACGACUAUGAGCCCGCCAUCGUCUCCACCGCAGGGAGCCACGCCAGAGGGAGCAGCCGCCACCGUUGCCGGAGGGCCAGCCUCGGGCCGUUGCCUCGGGCGCCGCCUGCAUGGAUGCAAGCCGAGGGCUACGACGUCGCCUCUGCCCGGGCCGUGGACCGCGCUGCCGCGCGCCUGAGGGCAUCGCCAUGCCUGGCACCGGCUGUUGGCCGCUGCGGCCGCCUCCAGGUGUAGCGCUGGGAGCAGCCGGGCCAAAGGAUGCUGCCGCUCCGCUAGGAGGCUGGCCGAGGGAGCGCAGUCCGGGCCAUGGGUCGCUGCCGAAGUUUGCCUUGGACGGCAUUCAAACGACGCCCUGGAGAUCGAAAGACUUGCCGCGCCUGGGUGGGUGCUGGCCGCCGCCGUCUUCGCCGACCGCCAUGGCGCGCGGAGAUGCAUCAUGCGCCGCCAUGGCGUGGGGGCCGUGGCCGGUAGCCGCUAGGAGCCACGGAUGCUUGUGUAGCCGCAGGAGCCGAACAUCGGAUCCUGGCUCGCCGCAUCGGCCUCUGGGGCCGAGGGGCGCCGUGCACCACACACAGGCCGGAGGGAGCGUCACUGCGGAGGGCCGGCCGUCUCGCAGCACCUUGUGCCACAUCCGCCGCCGUUCUUCCGCUAUGGCCUAUUUCUCUAAUCGAGAGCAGAGUGCGUGAUAACGUGUUCGAGAUCAACAUAACAAAUGAUCGAA